AUGAUUCCGUUGGCCGAGUUCAAGCAGUUCACGGAACAGCAGCCCGCCUUCAAGGUGCUCAAACCCUGGUGGGACGUGCUGGCGGAGUACCUCACCGUGGCUAUGCUCAUGAUCGGGGUCUUUGGCUGCACGCUGCAGGUGACCCAGGACAAGAUCAUCUGUCUGCCCAGUCACGAACUCAGGGAGAAUUUAUCCGAGGCCCCAUGCCAGCAACUGCUGCCACGGGGGGUCUCCGAGGAGAUGGGGGGCCUCCGGGAGGUCAGCGGCCUCAAGAACAACCUGGACCUACAGCAGUACAGCUUCAUUAACCAGCUCUGCUACGAGACAGCCCUCCACUGGUAUGCCAAGUACUUCCCCUACCUGGUCGUCAUUCACACCCUCAUCUUCAUGGUCUGCACCAGCUUCUGGUUCAAGUUCCCUGGCACCAGCUCCAAGAUCGAGCACUUCAUCUCCAUUCUGGGCAAGUGUUUCGACUCACCGUGGACCACGCGGGCCCUGUCUGAGGUCUCUGGGGAGAACCACAAGGGCGCCACCGCGGGACGGGCGACAGCAACCAUGGUGGCCUCCGCAGGGCCAGGGAAAGCAAGCGAGGGUGAGAAGGAAAAGGUGCUGGUGGAGCCUGAGAAGGUGGUCACUGAGCCACCGGCCGUCACCCUAUUGGAUAAGAAGGAGGGUGAACAGGCCAAAGCCCUGUUUGAGAAGGUCAAGAAGUUCCGUGUGCACGUGGAGGAGGGAGACAUCUUGUAUACCAUGUACAUCCGGCAAACGGUGCUCAAAGUCUGCAAGUUCUUUGCCAUCCUGGUCUACAACCUGGUCUACGUGGAGAAGAUCAGUUUCCUGGUGGCCUGCAGGGUAGAGACCUCGGAGGUCACAGGCUAUGCCAGCUUCUGCUGCAAUCACACCAAGGCCCACCUCUUCUCCAAGCUGGCUUUCUGCUACAUCUCCUUUGUGUGCGUCUACGGGCUAACCUGUCUUUACACGCUCUACUGGCUCUUCCAUCGGCCCCUCAAGGAGUACUCCUUCCGUUCGGUGCGGGAGGAGACCGGCAUGGGUGACAUACCGGACGUCAAGAAUGACUUUGCUUUCAUGCUACACCUCAUCGACCAGUAUGACUCGCUCUACUCCAAGCGCUUUGCUGUCUUCCUCUCUGAAGUCAGUGAGAGCCGCCUGAAGCAGCUCAACCUGAACCACGAGUGGACGCCUGAGAAGCUGCGGCAGAAGCUGCAGCGCAACGCCCGGGGCCAGCUCGAGCUGGCCCUCUGCAUGCUCCCGGGGCUGCCCGACACUGUCUUCGAGCUCAGCGAGGUGGAGGCGCUCCGGCUGGAGGCCAUCUGUGAUAUCACUUUCCCCCCGGGCCUCUCACAGCUGGUGAACCUGCAGGAGCUCAGCCUGCUCCACUCGCCCGCCAGGCUGCCCUUCUCCCUGCAGAUCUUUCUGCGGGACCGCCUGAAGGUCAUUCGCGUCAAGUGUGAGGAGCUCCGCGAGGUGCCCCUGUGGGUGUUCGGGCUGCGCGGCCUGGAGGAGCUGCACCUUGAGGGGCUCUUCCCCCCAGAGCUGGCUCGGGCGGCGACCCUCGAGAGCCUCCGGGAGCUGAAGCAGCUCAAGGUGCUGUCUCUGCGGAGCAAUGCCAGCAAGGUGCCAGCCAGUGUGACUGACGUGGCCGGGCAUCUGCAGCGGCUCAGUCUGCACAACGAUGGGGCCCGCCUGCUGGCCCUUAACAGCCUCAAGAAGCUGGCGGUGCUGCGGGAGCUCGAGCUGGUGGCCUGCGGGCUGGAGCGCAUCCCGCAUGCCAUCUUCAGCCUGGGCGCGCUGCAGGAACUCGACCUCAAAGACAACCACUUGCGGUCCAUUGAGGAGAUCCUCAGCUUCCAGCACUGUCGCAAGCUGGUCACGCUCAGGCUGUGGCACAACCAGAUCGCCUACGUCCCCGAGCACGUGCGUAAGCUCCGGGGACUCGAGCAGCUCUACCUCAGCCACAACAAGCUGGAGACCCUGCCCAGCCAGCUGGGCAUGUGCUCUGGCCUCCGCCUGCUGGACAUCUCCCACAAUGGGCUCCGCUCCCUGCCACCUGAGCUGGGCCUCCUCCAGAACCUGCAGCACCUGGCUCUGUCCUACAAUGCCCUGGAGGCCCUGCCCGACGAGCUCUUCUUCUGCCGCAAGCUGCGGACGUUGCUUCUGGGCUACAACCACCUGAGCCAGCUCUCUCCCCAGGUGGGGGCGCUCAGAGCCCUCAGCCGCCUGGAGCUCAAGGGCAACCGCUUGGAGGCCCUGCCAGAAGAGCUUGGCAACUGUGCGGGGCUCAAGAAAGCGGGGCUCCUGGUGGAGGACACCCUUUACGAGGGCCUGCCGGCAGAGGUGCGAGAGAAGCUGGAGGAGGAAUGAAGCGUUGGUGGGGAAGGUUGGGGUAAGAGGCCUUCUGGAUGCUUCCACCCCAGAAUCUCUACUGUUGUCUUCAAGAGAGGUGGCCAAGAGGGCCCAGGCCAGGAGAGGAGGAGCAGACGCAUCAACCUUGUGGGGUCCAGGCAAGAUCCUGGGACUGGUCUGUCUGAGAAGAGACAGGAGGCUGUGGAUUUGGGGUGGAACAUCAUAGAGGGAUUAACUCAGUCAUAGGAUUCUCAGGCCAAAGGUACCCGUGUCUUUGGCGGGCUGUCCUGCCCUGCCCCGGGACAUUCUAGCUCAGUUAGUGCCAUAUAUGGGGGUGGGGCAUAUCCCAAUGGGAUUUCAACCUUGUCCACCGCCCCCCACCGGCCCCGACCAAAACAGCUUAUCUCUGGGGUUCUCUCCCAAGGAGGGGACACAGACACA